CGGGAGAGGGCAGGUGUGGCCGGCACGGCGCAGCCCCAUGGAGCGGGGGAAGAUGGCGGAGCUGGAGAGCCUGGAGACGGCGGCGGAGCAUGAGCGGAUCCUGCGGGAGAUCGAGAGCACCGACACGGCCUGCAUCGGCCCCACGCUCAGGUCUGUCUAUGAUGGAGAGGAACACGGUCGCUUUAUGGAGAAGCUGGAGGCACGGAUCAGGAACCACGAUCGUGAGAUUGAGAAGAUGUGCAACUUCCAUUACCAGGGCUUUGUGGACUCCAUCACAGAGCUGCUGAAGGUUAGAGGAGAGGCUCAGAAACUGAAGAAUCAAGUGACAGACACCAACAGGAAGCUGCAGAACGAAGGAAAAGAAUUGAUCGUAGCAAUGGAAGAGCUGAAGCAAUGCCGGUUACAGCAGCGGAAUAUUUCAGCGACGGUUGAUAAGCUCACGCUGUGUCUUCCCGUCCUGGAGAUGUACAGCAAACUGCGAGAGCAAAUGAAAUCUAAAAGGCACUACCCUGCGCUCAAGACCCUGGAGCACCUCGAGCACACCUACCUGCCCCAAGUGAGCCACUACCGCUUCUGCAAGAUCAUGGUGGAUAAUAUCCCAAAGCUGCGGGAAGAGAUCAAGGAAGUUUCCAUGUCAGACCUCAAGGAUUUCCUGGAGAGUAUCCGUAAGCACUCGGACAAGAUAGGAGAGACGGCCAUGAAACAGGCACAGCAGCAACGAAACCUGGACAAUAUUGUAUCACAGCAUCCGAGGAUAAGUGGGGGGAAGAAGUCCAAGAAAGAAGCCUGCGCAAGCUCAGAACUGGAGGUAAAAAACACUAGCCCCAUGUCUGAGCAAGAUUCGGGUAUCCUGGAUGUUGAAGAUGAGGAUGAGGAUGAAGAGGUACCUGGAGCCCAGGACCUGGUGGACUUCUCCCCGGUGUACCGAUGUCUGCACAUAUACUCUGUCCUGGGUGCCCGAGAAACCUUUGAGAGCUACUACAGGAAACAGAGAAGAAAACAAGCCAGAUUGGUCCUGCAGCCUCCUUCGAACAUGCACGAAACGUUAGACGGCUACAGGAAGUAUUUUAAUCAAAUUGUAGGGUUUUUUGUAGUUGAAGAUCACAUCUUGCAUACAACGCAGGGCUUGGUAAAUAGAGCCUAUAUUGAUGAGCUGUGGGAGAUGGCGUUAUCAAAAACUAUUGCAGCUCUAAGAACACAUUCAUCCUACUGCUCGGACCCGAGCCUGGUGUUAGACUUGAAGAACCUCAUCGUCCUCUUUGCAGAUACUCUGCAGGGAUACGGCUUCCCAGUGAACCAGCUCUUUGACAUGCUGUUAGAGAUCCAAGACCAGUAUAGUGAAACCCUGCUGAAGAAAUGGUCAGGAGUUUUCAGAAAUAUACUUGAUUCAGAUAACUACAGCCCCAUCCCAGUGACGAAUGAAGAAGUUUAUAAGAAAAUAGUUGGACAGUUCCCGUUCCAGGAUGCAGAACUUGAAAAGCAGCCGUUUCCAAAGAAGUUCCCCUUUUCUGAGUUUGUGCCUAAAGUUUACAGUCAGAUUAAGGAAUUCAUCUACGCCUGCCUCAAGUUUUCGGAAGACCUUCACCUGAGCUCCACGGAAGUCGAUGACAUGAUCAGAAAAUCCACAAACCUGCUGCUGACCCGAACCCUGAGCAACUGUUUGCAGAACGUCAUCAAGAGGAAGAACGUUGGGCUGACGGAGCUUGUACAGAUUAUUAUAAAUACGACCCAUUUGGAGAAAUCCUGCAAGUUCCUAGAGGAAUUCAUAACCAAUAUCACUAAUGUGCUUCCAGAAACUGUCCACACCACGAAACUCUACGGGACCACAACCUUCAAGGACGCCCGCCAUGCUGCUGAGGAGGAGAUUUACACCAACCUGAACCAGAAGAUAGACCAGUUCUUGCAGCUGGCAGACUACGAUUGGAUGGCCAUGGAGCCGGGCAGCAAGGCCAGCGACUACCUUAUAGACCUCAUUGGCUUUCUACGCAGCACGUUUGCGGUGUUCACCCACCUCCCGGGGGAUGUAGAUGUCCACUCUACAAUGUCGGGGAAGGUGGCACAGACGGCGUGCAUGUCGGCGUGCAAGCACCUCUCCACCUCGCUGAUGCAGCUGCUGCUGGAGGCCGAAGUGCGGCAGCUGACCCUGGGCGCCCUGCAGCAGUUCAACCUGGACGUGGAGGAGUGCGAACAGUUUGCCAGAUCCGGCCCAGUGCCUGGGUUCCAAGGGGACACACUGCAGUUGGCCUUCAUCGACUUGAGACAACUCUUGGAUCUGUUCAUCCAGUGGGACUGGUCGACGUAUUUGGCUGACUACGGGCAACCCACGUGCAAGUAUCUUCGUGUGAACCCAACGACAGCCCUUGUCCUGCUGGAAAAAGGUGAAUAAGUAAUUUCACAGCAACUUAUGACAUCUAGAUAUUACCACUAUGGUACAGAGGGCCUGAACUACAGUAGUUGCUGUGUGUAAAGCACUUCUGUACAUCAUAACGUUGGUUUUAUAUAUGUAUUUAUGUGUUGUGUAAUAUCCUGUGUUGUUCACAACAUAUUCACAACUCAACAUCCAUAAUGCAAAAGCUUGAGAUAUACUCAGAGCUGCCAGUAAAAUGGUAACAUAAAGAGCUAUCAAAAAUCAGAGAACUUGGACAUGAAGCAGUUAGAAGAGCCAGGGAAUGGGAAGCAGGCAGUGAGCUGGGUGAUGUGGCAGUUUGUGGGGUGGCACUAGGACAGCAGGAGGGCAGCUGCAUGCUCCUGGCCAUUUUUCCCAGGCAUUAUUUAAGCAUGCAGCACCCAUGCAUUGGUGUUAAAAAGCCACAAACCCCAGUUUGGCUUGCCAGCCUUCUCCCCAAAAGGGAUCUCAUUUGAAGGUAUUCCAUUUGCUUCCCAGAGUUACCCACCAGGUUAGCACUUGCAUCUCCUGCAUCCUUGUGGCGUGCCAUCACCGGCACAGCAUCAUUGCCUGCAUACUCUGCCCUCUCCCUGCUUGGGCUUUAGGCCCUUUGGGGAAUCUUCUGUGCAUCAUCCACCAGCUCCAGCACCCCAGACACUGUGCAUUGACCCAGCCAUAGCUUCAGGCACAUCCACCUGAGCCUUCCCCAUCCCUCUCCAUAGCAGCCAAGCUUUGCCCACGAGGCGAUGUGAAAUGCUGAUCCACUGGUUCAUUUUGUAACCUGUUUUCAUCAUUAUCUCUUUUCCUAAUCACACAUCUCCCAUAGGAUAUCACGAGUGUAAGUAUGCUGCUUGCUUGGGCUUUUACCCUCACCUUGCAGUGACUUUAUUGUUUGAUUUAAAUGGAGCACUAAAUGAUCUAAAUGCAAGCUGUCUUUGGAACGGUUCUCACCGGUAACUUUAUCGUCUCAAAUGCACUAAUUAGAGCUAAAAGAGGAGCUUUUACUCCAUUGCUUUUUUUCCCUUAUAGAUUAAUUUAAACAAAGCUUGGCUUUAUUGAAGGUGGUGUUUGUUGA